UGCUCUGAUUGGCUAAUGAUUCAAUGCUAAGACAAGAUUCACUAUGGAUUAGAUGCGCAGUAAAAUGGUAAGGAUGCUUGCAAAAGCCAAAGAAGAUAGAAAAAUCGUACAAAACCUGAAUCAAUCUGAAUUAUUGUAUACCUAUACCUAUAGAUACUGUGACUUCAGAUAGUUUGCCUGAAGCAAAGAUGGAAUCAUCUACGUAAUGUAAUAUCUGCAAUUUCGAAAGAGUAACACACCGAUGUUCCAGGCAUGUUGAACAAUUUUAAUGUUUGACAUUAAUGAAUAUAUAAAAGUGUUCAAUUUUCAGACAACAAAUUUAAUCAAUUAAAUAUGAAAUAUGCAUGGAUAUGUUCCCACCACUAUUUUGAUUCUCUUUGCAACUUUUGAAAUAACGCGCAGGUACCAUUAUUUUCAAAAAUGUUCAAAAUUACGUUCACCCAACAUGUUGAUUUAUAAUAGAUAUAAUCAAGCCUGAUUGGUUUGAUGUCAUGUCAACCAUUUUGAAUGAUCAUCUUUUUACUCCGCGUGACGUUACAGUGAACAGGUACCUCUGCUUCACUGAACUCUUGGCUUUUCUACUGCAUACACUAUACGCAUUACAUAUUUGUAUGCCAUGUUUAGUAGUUGUAUGUACAUAUAUAUGGUCUAAGAAAUACAUACACUACUUUUGCGAGCUUCAUUGAACAUAUAGAGAAUGUUGCUGAUGCUGCUCUAAAUAACAGAAUAACAAUGUUAAGUUGUAAAUGCAUAGCUAAUUUUCAAAUAGGUUUUCAAAAAUCUUGACAAAGUACUAUUCGAAACUAACCUUUUCAAGGCUGCACUUAUGAAAAGCUUCAGAAACCUUUUAUAUUAUUUUAUCAAGUAGAAGGAGUUUAUGAAAACUUGUUAUACCAUUUAACGGAGGAAUGGGAAGAAGGUAAUAUGAGUACCAACAGUAUUUGGACAUGGUUCGAGCGUGUACCAAAUUUUAAUGAUUAGUGUAGAAGAAUAGACCUGUAUACAUUUGUGUACUAGUCGUCUUGGAAGGGUUAACAGAUGAUGCUAACAGAUGAUGCUACGUGCAAUCGUAGUAGGCAGUAAUGGAUAUUGAAGAUCAAAGUUUUGAUCAUCGCUGCUCCAAUAGGUGUUUUGCAGAUUCGAUAAUGUAUGUAUAUAUAGUACAUAUGUAAACCAUGGUUCGCACGUAUAAGCAAGGCAGUGCGGUUUCUCGAUAGCGCGGUACAUAGUGUUGUACGCAGAUCAAGUGCGUGUGUGACUUGCCUGGUUGGAGAAAUGUCGUCGGCAUUCGUGGCCGCGAAAUAAACGGCGAAACAUGUCCGGUCCGACAAUCAGUCGUGCGCAGACACUCGGCGGUGAUGUUCGAAUAGGUGCAACGGUGAUCUGCGUAGUUUGUAACAGGACUGACAAGCUAUUGAAGUGUUCGCGGUGCAAGGCCGCCUUCUAUUGCACUAAGGAACACCAAAGGCGGGACUGGAAACGUCAUAAAGAAUUUUGUACAACUCAUUCCUCGCAAUCGAUUGUACCCAGUACCGUUUUACCUACGAAUCAAAAUUCUGUUCUGGAAUCCAAUAAAAAGGAAUCCAUUCAGGAGAAAAAUCAGAAAGCAAAUACACCAGUGGUUUCUAACCUAAGCGAGAAGCCAGUGUCAGACACAACGCAAGAAUCGAACGCUGCUCCAGUAGUGCAUUACAACGCGAAACAUCUUGGAGGAUCUACCAAACACACAAAAGAAUUGAAAGAAUUAUCAGAUCACAAGGGAGGCCAAAAUUCAAAGAGGAAGUCUAAAGGAAAAGGCACUAGUAAAAGCAGAGCAGAUGGAUGGACUUCUCCUAUAACAUAUGAAGGCAGCUCAGAAGACACAAUUCUAGGUGCCAGAGCAGAAUUAUUAAAUCCUGUUCUUGAGAACUCAAGAAUUCUCGAUAAUCUACAGGAUAAUGAAUUAGACAUGCCUACGCAACAUCAUAACGGUAUGAAGAACUUCCCAGAGGUUCAUUUAGCUCGCGAGGAGGAACUGUUACCACCAUUCCUUCAUAAAAACAGAAAUAACUUGGAAGAAUUGCACUUGAAUGAGAUUUGCAGAAAUGUGAUCAAGGAUAUGGAUGAAUAUGGUGUGUGCGUGGUAGAUAAUUUUUUAGGCAUCGAGAAAGGUCGUGCUGUAUUAAAUGAAGUUUUAAAUAUGUAUAGUGCUGGAUUAUUUAAGGAUGGACAAUUGGUUUCUAAUAAAGCAGGUGCAAAUGAUUUAAAAACAAUUCGUGGUGAUCAGAUAACGUGGUUAGAUGGAAAAGAAAAACAAUGUCAGAACAUUGGGCUGCUCAUAUCCAAAGUUGAUGCCAUUAUUAUGAGGGCAAACAAAAUGCGGAACAAUGGAAAAAUGGGAAACUACACAAUCAAUGGUAGAACAAAGGCAAUGGUGGCAUGUUAUCCUGGUCACGGUUCGCAUUACGUGAAACAUGUGGACAAUCCUAAUCGAGAUGGACGAUGCAUCACUGCAAUAUACUAUCUCAAUCGAGAUUGGGAUAUCAAGAGAAAUGGUGGCCUCCUGAGGAUAUUUCCAGAAGGCUGGCGCGAUCAAGUUGCAGAUAUCGAGCCCCUUUUCGACAGGAUACUGUUCUUCUGGUCUGACAGGAGAAAUCCACACGAAGUACAACCGGCAUAUAAAACCAGAUACGCGAUCACUCUGUGGUACUUCGACGCCGAAGAGAGGAAUCAAGCUUGCCGAAGAUAUCAGAGAGAAAGAGAGCUGCACUCUAAGAAAGAAAAUUCGUGAGACAUGGAGUGUGAGAGACUGUCACACCAUCCGUUGACUGAAAUUGUAACUCUAUUAGCUGAACUUACACAUGUGUAUAUAGCUACAUAAAGAAAGCACUGGUACAUAAAAUUAUUAUGUAUUACUACGUAUUAAGAUAUAGUCGAAUGAAGGAGCUACUGAUAUUGGAGUUACAAAAAAAAAGAUUUUCAAGAAUGUGCAAUAGUUGUAAGCGCGUUCUUUUUUUUGUUUCUUUUUCUUUUUUCUAUGCGGCACUGUAAUAUAUUCAAACGUGGGCUAAGUGCGUAAUAGCUCUUACGGUUCUCAAUUUAUAAAUACAAUUAUUAACUCCGUUUUUUCUAACACUUAAUGCUCUCACUCUAACCGAAUGUCUUAAGAGUAAAAAUUUUAGUAUUUGCUUGCCAUUCGAUUAAAAGUUUGUUCGUCAUCGACGUCGAUACUUAGCUUCUAACUGUCGGAGUACGAUCAAUCCUUACGGCGAUUUGUGAUCCGUACAUUUGCUGAAAUAAUAGUGUACAGAGAAAUUAAUGCGUGCGUACGUGUAUGUGCAUGCGUAGAACGAGAGGGAAAUAGUCAAACAGUGUGAGUGUAGACAGAAAGAGCGAGUGAAUGAUCUGAAUUAUACAAAAAUGUUCGUAUGUGUAAAAUUUUCUAAAAUUGCAUCUUACUUAUUAUAUUUCAAAAACAAUUUCUGUCUUAACACAUAUAUAGUUAGUAUCAUUAAUAACAGUUCAGCUUGUUAUUAAUAUAAAAUUGCGAAAUUCUUACAAUUUUAUUAUUACUUCUUACACAUUAAACAUUGUUCUGCAAGUUACAAUCCUUCUACUGAUGUUUGAUUGAAUGGCCAGUAAUUGACUCAUGCUUCCAGUGUCGAUAAUUGAGAUAUGUUGGGGCCCAGUCCGUACCUGUAAUAUUGUUAUGUACAUUGCGAAAAGGUAGAGACAUUGUGUUUACUAUUGUAUUGUAUCUAUUUAUAUAAAUUGAAUAAGUAAAAAUGGAAAAAUAUAAACACGUACUUCCUGUGUCCCAGAUAGAAAGUCUGAUAUACAAACUUUGUUAGUCAAUCUGAAUAAGGGAGAAGAGGUGGAAAAGGAAAGAAGAGAGAAAGUGUGCAUGUGUGCGAGUGAAAAAAUAGAGAGAGAACGAGAAAGAUAAGCAAGGAGUGUUGAAUUUUUCUAAGGUGUAUUAUGUUGAUAACAUUAAACUUACUCAAUCGCAAGAAUAUGUGAUUCUCUUCGAUUCUCUUUGAUUGUAUUAUUGGACACAGAGGACCAAUAUCUAGUAUCCUCAUAAAGAGAUUAAGUUAUUUCGAUGGAUGAACUUAAUUUAAUGUGCUCUUAUGUUUAAUAUCGAAGAUUGUUGUGAAAUAAGUUAUGAACUGAUAACGCAUUUUUUGAAGUAUUGUAAAACUGAUGAGAAUUGUGAUGUGAAAAUAAACAUUUUACAAAAUCGGCA